CCGCGGCCGGGGCUGGGCCGUGUGGCGGCGGCGCCGGGGAAUGCUUGUGCUGGGCCCGGCCUCUCCUUCCUCAACUUAGGGCGGCGGCGGGCCCGCGCCCCUGGGUCCCGGGCCAUGGCGCUGCGGGAGCUCAAAGUGUGUCUGCUGGGGGAUACGGGUGUUGGUAAAUCAAGCAUCGUCUGGCGGUUUGUGGAAGACAGUUUCGAUCCGAACAUCAACCCAACCAUAGGGGCAUCUUUUAUGACCAAGACUGUCCAGUACCAAAAUGAGCUCCAUAAAUUCCUAAUCUGGGACACAGCGGGACAAGAACGAUUCCGUGCCUUAGCGCCAAUGUACUAUCGCGGGUCGGCUGCAGCUAUAAUCGUCUAUGACAUUACGAAAGAAGAGACAUUCUCCACGUUAAAGAACUGGGUAAAGGAGCUUCGACAGCACGGGCCGCCCAAUAUUGUAGUUGCCAUUGCAGGAAAUAAGUGUGAUCUUAUCGACGUCAGAGAAGUCAUGGAGAGAGAUGCUAAGGACUAUGCCGACUCCAUUCAUGCAAUUUUUGUAGAGACCAGCGCAAAAAACGCGAUAAACAUAAAUGAACUCUUUAUAGAAAUUAGUCGAAGAAUUCCCUCCGGGGACACCAACCAGCCAUCUGGCGGUAAGGGCUUCAAACUCCGAAGGCAGCCUUCAGAGCCGAGGCGGAGCUGCUGCUGACGACCCGGCCUCCCUGACUCGAGGGAGAAUAGGUGCUCCUGAGAGCAGGAGGGCUGAGGCUCCCGCCCCCAGUGUUCGCUUGGCCGGUCUCGAGUUCACUCAGAACAGAUUCUCAGACGCGGACCAGUUCUGUCCUUGAAGCCUGUGCACCUCUGUUGUGUGAAGGCGCUCUGGCGCACAAAGGGAAUUCGUCCUUGGCUUUUGACCUUGCCAACAAGGAGCAUAGGAUUAUGUGGACGUAGGAGUAAGUUGUUAAGUAGUUUUGUAAUCAAGAUUUUAUGUAACAUUUGUAAAGGGAAAAUUAGCACUUUCAUGGUUCUUGAGGGAAAAAAGAGACCUGGUGGAGAUGAUAAUUUCCUUGGGUUUCCCACUAGCACCGUUAGAGGAGCUGUGUUAUUUAACAUGUGGUGGGAUAUGGUAAGUGGAGGGAUGGCGGUGAUGAUUGGAAGCUAAAAUGGGUUAUUUAUAAAACUGGUGGGGACAGUCUCAUCGCUGCCAUCUCUGAAGCACCUCUCAUUGAGUAUGUGAGCCUCAGACUCCACAGUAAAUUAACAGUGGGAGCCGCGCUGCGUCCUCGCCGGCCCGGGUUUGCUUGUGACCCCAUCAGGGAUGUGUCGCCAAAGGCGUUAUUGGCCCCUCUUAAAUAAGCUCCCGGGACCGAGGCCGCAGCGGGUGAGACGCUUCCUGGAAUAAAGUGAAUGGCACGUGCUCUGUGCUGCCUGGCAGUGGUUUCAAAAAAGAGGAAGAUGAGAGAGAGAGAGAGUGAAGAAAGCAGUGUGAAUGCUGUCAGUUUUUUAUUUAACCCAAGUAUUUUGGUGGGGAAAAACAAGUAUCUCUUGCUUAGCAUAUGUAAAGUUGUAGUCUAUAUUUAUGAGACCGUUGCUUAAAGAUUAUAAAUUAUGUAAAUACAUGAAUAAAUUCUGCAUUCCAUCCAGCACUUCCUUGAACCCUGCACCCAGUCUUGUGUGUGCCCACCCACUCGUAAGCCUGGCCGUGGAGACUCCGCAGCACAUUUGGUGUCGUGCAGAGACAGAGCACUUAAUCCACAGGCCUUAGGACCGCUCUGCCUUCCCUGCCCCCACCCCUCCCCUCCCCGGCCCAUCUGGAAACCAUAAUGAAGACAUAUGCCACUUGGACAAGCCUGGCUGGGCCGUGCUCGCCUUGGGGAAAAGAUCGAGCUCCAAGCUGGAGUCGUUCACCUGGUCUUGGCGAUGAGCUGCCUUCAGCUGCCACAGCAGCCCCCGCCCAGCUGUCUUAGAGAGCUUUCCUCGUGACAGUUCAGCUCAUCUCCCCCUCCUUUCCCCGGCCUCUCUCAGUGGUUAACACUCUUCCCUCAGGGAGCCUAAUGAGGUUUUUAAUAUAAUCUAAAAAUAAAGCACUGGCGUGAGGUUGGUGCGAAUUGGUUCCUGGCCUAAUUUGGCACCCUUCCAGGCCGAGCAUUGUACGGGAGGAAAUUUACAAGAUUCAGUAGGAAAUGAAACAGCUUGAAUUUCAGACUAAAUUGUGUUUUCAGAGUUAUCCUUAAACUGAACAGUCACAACUUUGAAAACAAUUGAUGUUUCUAGGUGCCCCCAGCUGGAAGUGAAUGGAUCAUAAUGGGGAAAUGACAACUCAGAUUAAGUGGGAAAUAAUCCCUCGUUCCCUCUGUUCUGUAUCUUAGGCAUUUGAAGUUAUUUUAUUCUCUUACUGACACUGUAUACCAAGAACGCAGUCGGUGCAGAUCGUAACGUUUCACGUAAGAUGCGUGAGCCGCCCACCGCCUCAGCCCCAGCUCAGAAGGCAGCGUGGGAUUUGCAGGGCUAGGCUGCCACACCUGAAGGUGGUUUGACUUCAUUUGAUGUACAUCGGUGGUGGAUCCUGGGCACGCAGCCAUCGCCCUGGUAGGCCCCCAGGUCCAGCUGCUGGGCCUCUGUUUCCAAGACGACAAAAUAAAAACAGAGGUUGACUGGCUGCUCACCAAAAGGACCCUGAGUGGGCGGCCCUCCCUGUCUCGCUUCACGGCCUUCGCCUGUUGUCUGCAGAUGUAGGUGACUGCACGGCCUCUGGCUGACAGGGAGGAAGGGGGUCCCCUGGCCUGGGCCCCGCUGCGAGGCCGCCAGCGCCGCUCACCCCCGCCGUGGCCGGCUCUGGCCCCGGGCACUGGUCUCCGUCCGUGAUUUCUCAAACUCCACUCAAGCAUGCCGCCUUGUCACCCCGCACGAGGGGCUUGUGGCUGGGCCCUUCCGGGCCUCUCCCCCUUCAGCUCCGUCGUGUUUACGUGGAUACGGCAUUGUUUCUCAUGUUCUGUCUUUUUAAUGCUUAACAACAAUAGCAACAAGUUUGUAUCCCAAAUCCAUAGUCCAUACACGGUGAAAAUGGGGAAAUGUUUCCACUCUUUGCUCACAUUUCGAGUGCAAAGAUGAGUCUGAGAGUGAACCAGCGUUUUGUCUCGGACACAUCUGAGUUAGUAGCCAUGCUAAGCAGUGGUCUGAUCCGCAGUUCCUAUUUUCUUUACUAUAUCUUAAGAGAAAAGACCAGAUUUCCCAGGAGUUGAGUCAUAGCCCGUCUUUAAAAAUCUGCUGGCUCCCUGUUGACACAGGGCCGUUUUUUAAAAUUUCUGGAACUGAACAGAAGAGAAAAAUCAUUAAUUAGCCACAGUGAGUAUCGAUCCCGUCCAGAGGACGUGAGAUAAGCUCGAGGUGUCCGGGCCUGGGGACUUGGUCGCCAGCGCUGUUUUCACACAAGUGUGUGCUGGUUCUGUGACAGCUGCUUCGCCACCGCUGGGUGACUAGAACAGAGGAAGCGUAUGAUUCAGUGUCCUUCAUUUUAAACUCUAAGAAGUGACCGGGCAGAAGGACCUGUUGUAAGCCCUUCUGGUUCCAAAUGAAACCCCCGUCACCUCCUUGUCAGCCGUGGUGAGAAGUCCUGCCGAGGCGGCAGCUGGAAGAUCGGCUCCUUUUAUAUCCUGUCCUUUCCUGAUCCCCCCGAUGCUUGUGAAGUGCCUGCCUCCAUGGCACACGCGGCUCCCGAGGCCCGCCUGUGUCGGAGAGGACCAGGGCUGGCCCUAGAGGUGCCUCCCUCCAGUUGGCCAGUGUCUGUCCGGGGCUCUCUCAGUCCCCUUUAUCUUGAAAUACGCAAGGGGGAAGAAAACCACACUGAAUUCCAGAACUUCAAGUCUUGUCUUUCUGUUCUCAGGGAGGAAGAUCGGUCUGAGAGACCUUGUGAUUUACACUCUGGGAGGUCGGAUGGCCAGUCCUGGCUUUGCUGCCGCUGUCCAAUCAGGGCGCGCGUGUGUGUGUGUGGCAUUGUGGGAACAGGCAGGGUGGGUUCCGGUCGCACUGCACCUGCUGGCGUCUGCUCGGCCCUGCACUUCGGAGCCGUUCCUUGCUGCAGGCAGCUGCCGUGUCGGAGAGUGAAUGGCGGACGAUCACGGACGAUCACGCACGUUCCUUUUAGCGCUCUGUCAGAACACACCAAGGCGUGGGCCCUUGCGGUAAAAGAUGCGGGCACACAGUGUGUUGUUUAUAUCACAGAUGAGCCCUUACGCGUGCAGUUUAGGUAAUGGGAGGAUCCUUUCCUUCCAAAGUAACUACCUGAACUGUAGUAGGAGCCAGGUUCAGGACACCUGGGGGCACGGUGGGCCGGCCAGGCGGCUCCGCAGGCCCUCCGGGCAGCAGGUGUCGGUCCUGAGUCACUGUGGGAGGUCACAGCGGUGGCCAGCUAGACAGUGCAAACCUGUGAAACCUGCGUCACGGGAUCCGGCUGAAAGGGGCCAGCAGCACCGCGUGCUCACUGUCUGACCGCAGAGGCUCUGCCUCAGCUCAUGUGUUACAAAGGAGGGUGGGGAGCACGCCUUCGUGGAGUGAGCUGUUACUACAUCCCUCCCUCAGCAGCCGGCUCAUCAGAAAAAAGUAAAUCCUGUAAGGUGACAUGUAGGAGAUUUGUCUUCGCUCCUGUGGUGGUAGGAUUUAAAAAAAAAAAAUAUUGUCCAAGCAACAAAUUAUCUGGGAGAUAAACCUGAUGCUGCGUAGUUCUAGAAAGGGGGCGAGGGGGUGGGGAGACGUGUAGCCCAGGACUUGAAGAGACAGCGCCGCACGGUUCUGCAGACAGCAGAGCCGCUUGUCUGACUCCUAGUAAUAGAGAUCCAGGCAGUCUGAUCAUCCGAUUUGCAGGAAACGUUAAUGGAAUUCUGGGGCAGUUGUCCUGUUUCGUGUGCAAAUGAAAGUAAAAAAUACCAGAAGGGUACUGCAUUUUUCAGGAGCCUCCGCUGUUUGAGUCUAAGAGAACGAUAAGUGAGAGCCCUGUUGGGAUGGCGUCUCCUGAGACGAUGAGGGAGGUGCACAGACAGAACCUGGAGUCUCCGCACUUCACGGUUUGUCCUUCAGGGCUCUCAGCAUAUAGGAAGAUGAUUACCGUCCGGAUCCACAGGCCCUCCAGCGGCGUAGAUGAGGUUUGGUUUGGUGCUCUGGGCCAUCAGCAGUGACUAAUCCCUGUUCCUUCCUUUCCGAGCGAUCCAUCACAGAUGUGCUAGAAUAUUUCUAGCUUCAAAACAGACGAAUUCAGGAGUUUAAUAAGAAAAGAAAACUCCAGCCUUCCAUCCAUUCCUUUUAUUAUGUCAAACAUUCUAGAUAAGGAUGUAUCAUCAGCAGAUAGUGAAAUUAAAACCAUGGUGUCUAAACAAAAAAAAAUGUGUUUUAUUUAGCCUGCAAGUUUUAUUUCUAAACCUGUGGCACCCGGCGCCUCGUCAGAACGCUUUGUAAUUGCGACAGACAAAAUUCCGGGUAGCUUUCCAUGAAAGGGCGUUCAAGUGCCAAGUUCUAGCAGCCAAUUAAUGCGAGUCCUCCGAUAGUGAUGACUUCUGAAGGAGCCCUCUUUGGUUGACAGUUCUAAACUGUGGGCCGCAAUGCUCUCCUGAGCCACGCAGCGGUUGUCCUGAUGCCACGUCUCGAUUUGGGAGCUUGCCACUGCUUCAGGAGACAAAUUGUUUAACGCCGUGUUUCUUUAAAAUGAGCACUUCGUUACCUGGGGCCAGUAGUCUCUCCUCAGAACUGAAACUGCCAAAUUCCUGAAACAUCUCCUGUCUUGUUACCUGAGGCCGGGCACACGGCUUCCCCCAGAGCCCACUGCCCACCUGCUAGCAGGGUGCCCUCCACCAUGGGCAGUCCCUGCACCCAGCCCUGCAGUGGCGUUUGGACUUUGGGGCUUGAUCCUAACAUCACUUGGCCAUUAUUAAUUUUACACUAAAUUUAUAUUUGAACGGUCAGUUCCCCCCCCCCCCCCCGAAAAAUGUGGAACCUUCCUCUUAUUUUGAGUAUGCAGUUGUGGCAUAGAAACUCUGACAGUGUGGAUCAGGCACAGGGCGUCGGAGGGACCGGUGGAUCGCGUGCUGCGGGGGAGGGCUGGCAGCUGGCUGCCAGUGAGAGCGGGGGGGGGGGGGCGGCUCUGUUCUUAAACCAUUUGCCGUGCUGUGUAGGCAGAGCUCCAUUGCCCCGGCAGAUUUUCUUUACCUCUCACCCAGCUGAGUCUCUCCAUCACGAGUCAGAUGAUCGUCCGUCAUUCCUCUGACCUUCAGAAUUGGCGUCCUGCCCGUCCGUCCGUGAUCAAAGCAGACUCUCGCUUUAUUCCCCUAUUCUCAUUUUUCUGCGAGCUCUCCCUAAGAGUUGCAUGGCCCGGCCACCUGCUCAGCAGGCCACAGGCCUUCCUCCGCUCACUGUCACCGGGCAGGGUUUCCCGCCCCUGGCGGGUGCUUUUAGGUGAGGGACCCCAGGACUUCCAGAAGGGGAAGGGCGGGGCGGGAACAGAACGCCGUUUCCCAGGGGUGACGGGACAGUUCGCGUUCGUGUGGGCGCUCUGUCAGGUGUCACAGAGCGUUUGUUAAAACGCGUGAGCGCGCAAGUCAGAAGUCUAGAGAGACAGCCGUGGGGAGAAGCAAAGCAGACGGAAGGCUGCGCCGUCGCACCAGCACGUCUGGUUCCUCCUGCAGACGCCAUGCCUUCUUGGGACCCGGUGCAAGGAGUGAUAUUUCUGUGCCUUUUGUAACAGCGCCACAGCCCUGCCACAGCCCACACCCCGUCGUGGCUGCUCUGCUUGCCACGGCGCCUGCCUACCUGUGCUGAGACCGUAGUGCCCGUUCUCCGAGCCCCUGUGGACGUUUGCAGCCUUAACCUUGGGCUGGACCUAAGUCUUUGUGAACCCUAUGAUGUCUGUGUGGUUUAUAGAUGCUGACCGAAAAAAGCCAGACCUUUUGAUUUUUGUUAAGAGUUGUUUUCCUUUCUGUACUCACGCUGGUAGCAGUUUGCACAUGAAGGUUGAUUUGGCACACUCUAGAGCGGUUCUGUUCUAGCUUGAAUAUUCUCCCGUAGGUUUUGUAGAGCAUAACAUGCUGAAGCGCUAUGAACUUUGUUGUAAGAAGGGUGUACACAUUUUGGUAAUAAAACGCUAUGUUUACAAAUACAUGCAUUUGCCUUUCAAGUGGUCGUCUUUGUCAUGUUAUUCAUUCACCACCUUCGGAGACAGCAGGGCAAGAGCUCUGACGGCUCUGUGCCUGGUGUCGGU